GGACCUUUAGUUUCCUCCUAAACUGCCAUCAUAACAUACACGUUGUGAGAACUUUUCAGAGGACUGAGAUUUUACUGCGACACAAGAACUAAAGCAAACAACAUCAGGAUGUCCAACAACAAGAAAUCUCCAACAACUGCAAAAUUUUACAGUGAGCCAGCAGUGGAGGAAUUGUACACUGGAUACCUGGUCAAGUCCCCCCCUCUAACAGCCCUAACUAAAAACACUAAAUCAUGGAAGAAUCGUUUCUUUGUGCUCUCCAAGAUCGGUGAGGACACCUACCAGCUGACAUAUCAUGUAAACGAAAGGAGAGACAAACCUUUGGGAGCGAUAGACAUUUCUAAGAUCAGCUUGCUCUUCACUAGCCCUGAGACACAUCAGAAGUGGGACUGGGUCAAGAAACAAUCAAAGGGCUCUCCUUCCUCUGUGCUGUUCUUGAAGGUGGAAGACGUGACACUAAAGCAAUCUAGAGAAUAUUUCCUCAUUGGAAAAAACAGUGCCGAUGUGGAUGGUUGGCUCAAUGCAUUAUUCAAGGCAAUGAAGACCCAGAAAUCACAAAAUAAACUGCCACACACAGAUGAUACUCAGGACAAGAGAUCUAGAUCAAUGACUCUACCUGCGAACUGUUCAGAACCAAACGGUGAAGAUCAGCCCGAUGACAGAUGGUCAGCAUUUGAAUUAACUUCUCUGUCACAAUGCAAUCAUUAUGACUACCCUCGCAAGCUCAGCGAACCUCCAAUACCAAUUCCAGUUAUUGAGGAAAAAGAUGAGAUGGACGGGAAGCAGGAUGAACCAGGAUGUCCAGAGGACAACAGUGAAUACAUGUCCAUGGGAUCAGUGCAACGGGUGAAAGAUGACCAACAGGAGGAUGACAUGGCAUGCAAAGAGAAAAAUGAAGUUCACAGGCAUUCUAAUCAGUCUCUCGUUGACUUCACUGAAAACUGUGCCUCUACCGAGUCAGACAACAGUGAAAUGCAAACGCAUGUUGAGAAGGAGCUCUGCGGUAGUCAAAAUGAUCUGACAAACAGUCUGAUCUUGACACAAGAAGGCGGCAAACCAUGUAUGUCUGAGUGUCAUCAGAUUCAGGAUUUAAGGGGGAAUCAGACCCUGCCCCCAGACACAGUACAAGAGAUUCAGAAAUGCAUAAAAAAACUAAGCAAGGAUGAGGUAAAACUCCUAAUUCGGCGGCUUCCAGACCUCACUCUGAACACUGCCCAUCACACUGAGGACACAAAACAAAGUCUAAUGCGAAAUCUCUCAUCACUAUCGAAAUAAUAGAAAUGUUGUACACAUGUCUCAUUUAAGGGUCAGAGGGUCUAUGGGACAUUAAAGUUCAUUUAUUUACUGAUAAAGGUGGAAAAUAAGGCGUUACUGAGUAACAGAAGAUGCAAUCUGAUUAUCUAAAGUACCUUAUCCUCUUUUGCCUGUACAGUAAUCAUGUAAAUAUGUAAAAAAAAAAAAAAAAAGAUAUGUCUUAUGUACAUGAAAUUACAUUAGUGCCCUAGUAAAAAAAACAAAGUAGAAUAUUCAAAAUACAUUUAUUUCAUAUUAAGUAUAGUUUAAAUCUAUUAACAUACUUACUGACA